AUGAAGUUUCUCAUAGUCGCGGCUGUUUCUCUCGUUUUGGUCAACCAUGUUUUUUGCAUUUCUAGACAAGAAUUAUUGGAUCAUCUGAAAUAUCAACAAGAUACUAGAAAUACUUUUGAUUCAAGAAUUCGACAGGGUGAUUUUAUGAAACCAAUUGGAUAUGUCGGGAAUAAGUAUGGAAAUAUUUUCAAGUUUUUUUUCUCACUAGUUCAAUUUUUGUAGACCAAUUUGGCCGAGAACUUUGGAGCGCGUCAGAUCGACUGGUGAACUCUUUUUCGAUGAUAACAAUGUAGGAUAUAUCGUAAGUUCGGAUUUUUGAGGAAGCUUGGUGAAUAGCUAUGAUGAGCUAUGAUGGCAACUUUCGAGAAUUUUUUUCAAAGAAAAUUUUGAUCAUUAGCAUAAUUUUCUGAAAAUUUGAGAAAAAUAGUUCAUGUUUCAGUAUUAAAAUUAGUUUUAAAAAAGUUCCAAACAAAAUCCAAAUUGCCACGAAGGUUGGUCACGUUUUUUUCCUCAAAAUUGUUCGGAAAUAAAUAAAUAAAAACAAGGAACUUCCGGGUCUAUUUUCACAAUUGUUUUGGAAGUUUUCUUGUUUUUUUUUCAGAAACUCGCGGAAAUUUUUUACUCUGAAAACUAAUAAAGUGUUUUGAAUUGGGGUGGUUUUCUCGCUUUAUUAACUGCUGAAAUUAAAUUAUCUUUGGUUUUUCAAGAAAAAAACUGAUUAACGGAUUUUCGAAUCAAAAAUCAACGUAUUUUUGAUGUUUCAGAAAUCUUCAGAAAUUCACAAAAACACGCCUCGUGGUCUAAUCAAUCCGUCCUGAAAAAUAGAUCCAAAUCAGGAGUCUGGUCGAAAUCUCGACAAUCAGAUAAAAACUUUCAAAUUUCUUAAUUUUUCUAGGUACACGAUCGAAAUGCGGCCGGAAUGAUUCGAAAAAUGGACAGAGAUCGAAAUUAUGAAACAGUCAUGAAGUUCCUCAGAAAAUAUACACUUUAA